AGCGCGAGACAACUGUCCAGUCUGCAGAGUAAAUGCCGCGGGCGAAGGCAGGAGUGACUGGAUGCCUGUAUGAAGGAGGGGACGUGCACAUGCGUGUGCCAAUCCCGACUGGACCCUGGUUCAAAGAAAAAGCUGUACAAGUCAUUUUGGGGUCAAUUGGGAAAGCUGGUAUACAGACGAGACGUUGGAUUACAGUGCAGAAUAAUUAUUUUCUGAGGUGUGACAAUGUAGUGUUUUUGUGUAUGAAGAAUGGACUCGGCAGACUUCUUCUGUAAAGGACCACAUGUCAGGGAACCCCAAGCCCCGGCUGGUGGAUCUGCUAGGCUCGGAGAAGGGAGGGCUAUGAUUUAUUAGGACAAAGGGACACAAAGCAAAAUCAUUGCAGGAAAAAGCCGUGUAGAGUGAGUCCAGGGGACACCAGGAGGAAGCUUCAGAAUCCUCUCCAGGUGGCGUCACACGGGACACACUUAACCCCCCAGCAAGGAGCUGUGACAGCACAUGGGAAAUGUCCACUAACGGAGCAAACUGGAGAGACACAGACUACAUUACAUCGGUGAAGCCCCAGCUGGAGGAGAAGGAAAACAGAAAGUUCUGCACUUUUAAGGCGACUGAGUACAAGAGCCAGGUGGUUGCGGGCAUGAACUACUUCAUCAAGGUUCAAGUUGGAGAUGACGACUAUAUACACAUUCGUGUGUAUGAAAGUCUCCCACAUGAGAACAAGCCCUUGGCCUUGCACGGCUAUCAGACCAACAAGACCAAGAAAGAUGAGCUGGCCUAUUUCUAGUUCUGAAUCUUGAACUGAGCCCAUCAUCCACGUGGUUCUGUCGUCUGUGAUCAUGUUUGGGUCCUGAAUGAGCGAUGUCUCUACGCUGUGCCACAGCUGAUGGAGGGGCUGUUCUGCACCAAUCUGGUGUCUUUAUUUCUGACUUUAAUAGUGUAAUUUCCCCCCAAUCAAUGACCUUAACUAAAUUGCUUUCAAAGAGGGCUUAGGUUACCUCUAAAUACAUAUAUUUUUAAGUGUUUGCAAAUUC